UUGUUGUAACUGGGCUCUCGCGUCGCGUCGCGUCGGAGUCGUAGCGCCGAGAAAUGCAUCAAACGUGCGCACGCUUGAAGGGAAUCCGAGCUUUCCCAUCUACCUGCGGGAAGUCUCGUGGAUUUCCUACUCAACGAGCCCCGCAGCUCCAGGAAUGGUGCGGAGAUGAGCGAGAGGGCAAGAGCCGAGGAGAAGCGUUGUCGAGGUUUUGAGCGAGUGGUGAAAUCUGGGAGAGAUGGUGGCACUCGAUGAAAGGCAUCACACGUUUCUGCAGGCGCUCAUGAGGCGAGGGCCCCUGCCUGAAGAAGAAUCGAAGGGCAUGUUCAUGGAGCUGUUCGGCUGUUCGGACGACCAGUUCUUCGAUUUCCUGAAUACGGUGAACAAGGAGUUGGACUAUGUCCAGAUGGAGGUGAGAGGGAGUGCAAAUCAGCACGACGGAAUUGUGUACUAUGGUAUUGUGAACAAAUUGGCCAGUGAGGAAGCGAAACUUGGUACUCGGCUUGUACACGCACAGCUCGCCUUCUUUAAAGCCAUCUUGGAGACUAUACUGAGCGAUCCAUCUGCAAGUGGUUCCAUAUCCAGCAUGCAAGCUCUCAACCUCCGCCUUGACACUCAGAAUGAAGAACAGACACAAGCUGAAGCUAGCACCAGUCAAGCAGCUCCUCUGAAGCUCACUUUAGCGGCUAAGGAAGAAACUCUUGCGACUUUGGUAUCAGACAAGUGGUUGAGUCGGACAGAGGAUGGAAGGGUUUGUUUGGGCAUAAAGUCCUUCCUUGAGCUUCGAAGCCUGUUCAAGAAUUUUGAUGUGCCCUUUUGUGAUGUGUGCAAUGAGGCUGCUAUUAAGGCGCAGCCUUGCCAAAAUCUAGAUUGUAAUGUUCGCAUGCACUCGUAUUGUGCACCAAGAAAGUUCAGUCGGCGUCAGGUUCCUAGGAUGUGUCCUGGUUGUAGCACCGCUUGGAGAAUGCCCACAAGUGAUGACGACGAGCCGAAUAACUCCGAGGAGGGUAUCCAUGGGGAGGAAGAGGAUGGAGAGGAUGAAUUCGCAGUUCCAGCGCCUACAUCUGGAAUUUCUUCCAGACUGAGAAGACCCAGCCAGAAGCGUUCAAAAGCAAAACUGGAGAGUUCUGAUGAUGAAAACGAUAACGGCCAUGAUGAUGACGAAUCUGGUGGGAUUCCAACAGAUCGGUCGCCACCCGAGUCACAGGGGAGGAGGGUGAUCCAUUGUCGUCCGAAAAUGAGAGCCAGGCGAUAGAUUUAACAAGGAUUUGGAUUCUUCCUUUCUUUCUUUCUUUAUUAUUUUUUUCUUCAUUUUUUUUUUUUUUUUUUUUUUUUUUUUUUUUCCCUCCCAAGGGCGACCAGUCAUCUAAGGGUAUGUAUGCUUAAAUUCUUGCUGAAACUAAAGACACUUGAAACCGCAUAUCUCCAGUAGAAGUUAUCGUUAUGCAUGUACAUCAAUCAAUCAGAUGUGUUAUCCAGUUGUAGCUUUUACAGUUUCGGUUAUAGUUUUCAUGUCUAUCGAUAGGUGUUUCAAGCAUGUGAAAGGUUGAUGAAUGAUUAUACAGUGGGUCAAAAUGUGUGGCUAGGAGCUUUCAUCUUCAUGGCGGAGCCUCUUGUUUCUCUCAAAGAACAAGCCCAUGCCGAUUUGGGGGGUGGGCAAUUCAUUCAACUCUGGUGUAGAUCCAGAUUGGUUGCUUUGCACUCA